CUUAUUUUCCACAUAAAAGUUUCUAUCAUUUCUCUCUUAAUUUUAAUUCCCUCCUUCCUUCAUUUUUCCCUAUAUAUUCAUCCAUUAGACAAUUCCCUUCAACCAUCAACACUUCCUCACUCAUUACAAAAAUAUACACUAUGUUCAAUCUAGCCUUUCUUUCUCUAAUUUUCUCCAUUAUCAUCUCUUCUUCUGACGCUAUUUCCCAAUGCAACGGCCCUUGUAACACUUGGGACGAUUGCGAUGGACAAUUAAUUUGCAUAAAUGGAAAAUGUAAUGAUGACCCUGAUGUUGGAACCAACAUUUGCAAAUAUAACCCUCCUACUCCAACCAAUACUUGUCGCCCGUCUGGCACAAUGAAUUGCAACGGUAUACAUCCUAUAUACCAUUGCUCGCCACCUGUCUCUUCUUCAACGCCCGCUCAACUUACCUUCAACGACUUUAGCGAAGGCGGUGAUGGGGGUGGUCCAUCUUCAUGUGAUGGGCAAUAUCAUGACAACAACGAAAGAAUAGUAGCAUUGUCAACUGGAUGGUUUGCAGGACGUUCAAGGUGUGGUAAAAUGAUACAUAUUCGCGCGAAUAAUGGUAGGACUGUAACAGCUAAAGUGGUGGAUGAAUGUGAUUCUACUACUGGUUGUGAUGAGGAACAUGCAUAUCAAAGUCCAUGUAGAAACAACAUAGUUGAUGGUUCCAUUGCUGUGUGGAGAGAUUUGGGAUUGAAUACAGAUGAUGGUAUAGUUCCUGUCACAUGGUCCAUGGUCUAGGUCAGGUUGGAGCCAUCGUUAUAGUUAUGAAUUCGAUAGAAUUCAAUAAUCGUUAGCUCAAAUUAUGUAUGUGUUAAAAAACUUAUCGAAUAAGCGUGUCAUCUUAUAUGUAACAAGAUGUACAUUAGAGUUCCUUAAAAAUUAUCAACUACGAUAUAACUCCUAA